AUAAGCCGGAGAUCUGGGUCGUAAACCAUUCUGGUUAUACCAUUUAACAGAAUUCUACAUGCAUCUAAAAGUUUUAUGUGUACAUCUGAAAUAUGAUUAAUGUCAGGUAUAACCUCACAUUGUUGUCGGAUGUUUUGUUGUUGUAACGGUGUUUUACUGGCAGUGUAGCAGCCAGUGGGUCUUCAGGAAAAAGCGCCAACUUCUGCUGCACCACACACCCAUGCGUCUAAAGUGGCAUAUACUCUGUAAAUGACACGAAUAAUGGAUAAUCUGUGAAUAUACUAAACUUUCAUCUGUAAUGGCUCUCGCAGUGAGGUGCGCUGUUGCAUCUCAGUAGUAAAAACAUCACCACAGGGUACAGAACAAAAGAUGCCGGGACUGCAGGGUGAAAAUGUUGUGGCUGCGCUUGGGAGCCCCAUCAAGAGGAGCAAACUGUCUCUGAAGUUCUUCCAGAAGAAGGAAGCUAAACGGGCUCUGGAUUUCUCUGAACCAAAAAUAGGUGAACCGAAAACAGCAGAACCAGUGGAGCCUGAGGCAAGCGGCUGUGAUCAGGUGGUCCCUGGUCCUUCUCCAUGUCCAGCCUCACCUGGUUUUCUCUUGCCAUGUGAGAAGAGAGAGAACUUGGUGCCAUUUGUGGGGCUUAACAACCUGGGUAAUACCUGCUAUUUGAACAGCAUCUUACAGGUUCUGUUUUAUUGCCCGGGGCUCAGAGAAGGCAUAAAGAAACUGUACAGCCUGUCUAAAUGCAAAGACAAACCAAAGGAAGAGAGGGGUAAAAGUGAAGAGGAGCCACAUUCUCAGCAGUCAGAAGGUGUAGCCGAGUCCCUGCCAGCUCAUAUUGAGCUCCUGUGUAGCUUCAACAGCCUGAUAACAUCAGUGGAGCAGCUGCAGUCCAGCUUCCUGCUCAACCCCGACAGCUUCAGUGAAGGAGAGCUCGCUACACCGCCUCGGAAAAUAUUGCAUGCACUCAGGCAACUGAACCCCAUGUACGAAGGAUAUCUUCAGCAUGAUGCCCAGGAGGUGCUCCAGUGCAUCCUGGGAUAUGUCCAAGAAGCUUGUGACACCAUCAGGAAGGAAGAGGAGUUGGACAGGGACAAGGAUGAUGAGGAUGUGACAAAGGUUAAAAUAGAGAACAGUGACCAUUUGGGUCCCAGCAGUUGUGUAACAGAAUCCCAAGCUCCCCCAGAAGAGGACGGCCAAGUCACUGGGAAGAGAAAAAGUGACACAGAGGUGGGAAACGCCAAGAAGAAACCAAAAUCUGUCAAGUUGAGGAAAUCUCAUGUAGAGGAAGACAACACUGGUAGAAAUAAACCCUUUACUCGCUCCAAAAGGAAGUCCUCCAGUGACAUCAUGAUGGAUAGCACCCUAGACAAUGACACAGAGGAGGGGGGGAUGAAAAAACUUACUGGGGAAGAUGGAGGGAGUGACAGUGAUGGGAAAAGUGAAAAGGCAUCCAAAAAGGCAAAUGGAAAAAGAAAGAAGCAAGAUAAGCUGAGCUGGCUGAAGCCUUCUGUGAAACAGCCAAGUAUUUUCUCCAAGUUCCGCAGUGUGGGGAAGAUCAGCUCCACAACUAUGAAGAACCAAAACAAACCAGAGCAGGAUGACAGACAGAGUGAUGAUGAAAGCCAGAGUGAGAAGACCAGGGAGGGGCUGUCACCACAAGACACAGCUGAGGACCAGAAGGCAGUGAAACAUCAAGAGGGCCUAGACCUGAUGAAGCGCUUGUUCCAGGGCCAGCUGGUUCUGAGGACCCGUUGUCUGGAGUGUGAGAGCUUCACAGAAAGGAGAGAGGACUUCCAGGACAUCAGUGUUCCUGUGCUAGAUGACCAGCCCAGCAGCCUAGACGACCUCUCAGAGGUCUCACCAGAUCCUAAACCAGAGCUGAAAACUCUGAAAUGGGCCAUUGCCCAGUUUGCUUCAGUGGAGCGCAUUGUUGGUGAGGACAAGUACUUCUGCGAGACAUGCCAUCACUACACAGAGGCUGAGAGGAGUCUGCUGUUUGACAAAACUCCCGAAGUGAUCACCAUUCACCUGAAGCGCUUCUCUGCCAACAGUUUAGAAUUGGAUCCAUAUGCAGGUCUGUCCAAGGUGAACACUCCCUUACAGACCCCCCUGACCUUGUCUCUGGAGGAGUGGUGCACCCAACCUUCGUGCACUAAAGGUCAACACUAUCAGCUGUUUGCUGUGGUCAUGCAUAGCGGAGUCACCAUCAGCAGCGGCCACUACACUGCCUACAUCCGGAUGUCAGACCUCAAAGAUGUGAAACUCUGGCCGCAGGACAGAAAAACAGAAGAGGGUGAGGAGCAGAAGAGUGAAGAGGGAACACAGGUGAAAGAUGAAGUGCUGGACUACAAUGAUGGAGAAGUGUCUUUUAGCCUUAAUGCAAAGGGACAGAGAGGAGCAAGGUUAGGGGGUAAGAAGGUAUCUGAGGGUGGGGUUGGACUUUUGGGGGGGCAGAGGAGUUUGUCUAGUCACGAGUUUGGGAACAGCAGCAGUGGAGCAACAGAAGGAUCUAAACACAGAAAGACCAUCAGUAGCCUGGGCCAAAAUACUGAAGCAGGACUUAAAAAGGAGCUUGAGGCAGGAGAGGAGGCUUCACUGUCUUCCUGUGUUGAGGUGGAGGCCACAGCGCAGCAGUGUUUGAACAGCCUCCUGGAAUAUGAGGACAAAUGGCUGCUAUUUGAUGACUCAGAGGUACGUUUGUUUGAGGAAGAGCAGUUUCUGCGAGCCUGCUCUCCUGAGACGUACUCCUCAUCGACACCUUACCUACUAUUCUACAGAAGAAUGCCAGAGCCUGGGUGCUAACACUGGGAUGGCAUGGCAUGACGAGGUUGUGGGAGUCAGGAUUUUUGUCAACUGAGAACUCUGCUAAAGAAGUUGUUUUUGUAAUACUACAGACUGUGCCAAAAACACUGUGGCUGCUGCCACAGCAGCUGAAGUGACCCUUGAGGCCAGAAGCUCUGCAGCAGUCAGGUGUCACUUCAGGGUCCAGGCUGUUCACAGCUUCUUGUGCACUCACAUCAAAGUUAGACUUUAGACUUACUCCAACACACAGGGGCUUUAUUUUCUAUUGUCCGGGAAUGACUAAACCUUUUUUCUUCCCCAGUCUUGCUUCUGUAAGCUGAACACAGAGGGCUAUCUGUAUUUUUACGGGCUUGGACACUGGCUUUGAGACUUUUUUCUGUUAUUUGUGAUGCUUUUUUAAAUUCUUUUUUUGCAAAUUGGAAAAGCACUUUUUAACUAAACUGUAAUUGAGUGAAAAUGCAAAAAUGUUCUUUUCUUCAUUUGAAGGAGACUGUCGGUGCUGCAUUUGGAAUAGAGGACUCAACUGUUACCUUUACAAGAAAUGCAGAAUAAUGGAGUUAGAAAACAUGCUAUCACUAGGCUAUGAGAAAAACCAUACCCAGCUCCUGUACCAGAGGUUUUUCUUCUGCACUGAUCUGUUAAGUUAAAAACACAGACACUUUUUCUCUCUCCAACCUUAACUCGGUGCCAUCAGCUGGUGAAAUCUAGUGUUGAACUGAUUUCCAAGCCACAGUAUCAGUAUGGAAGGGUAUUGCAUUCACCAAAGAACAACACCGGAGGACCUUUUCUCAUUAUUAUGAAAUCCUAAUCUAUUUAUGAGAUAAUGCAGGGGUUGGAACACUACAGAACUUAACCUGAAAAUCAUGAGGUUUUAACAAAUUCUUCUGUAUCAAAGCAAUUCACUGAUAGUUGUCAGUACAUCCAGUCGCGUAUAGCAAAUUGAGCUGUUAAUAGCUAAUUGGCAUACUUCAUGUUCCAAAAUGUAAACAAAUAUAUGUUAAAACAGCUCUCAAAAUUGCUGUACUGAGCAAGAGUAGGAAAACUUCAGAACAUGCUUAAGCACCAUUGAUAUUUAUCCAAAAGCAUAUAGCAAAAUGAACUGAUCACAGCUAAUCUGGCAUGCGUUCCAAAAUGUAAACAAAUAAAGCCUAGGCUAAAAGCAGUGCCCACAGUGUAACAUACUGUAUCAAUGGCAGCAGCAUGUUGCCUAUACUUCUGUUUGAACAGGUAAUACUUUCACAAGAAACAGCAAGUAUAAUGUUGCCUCAGGCCUGAGUUACUGUGGGCUGCAGCCCAGGUGCUGUUUUUAGUCAAGCUCAAACAUGCUGGUUAAACUAGGCUACAACCAUGUCUCAGAAGAAAAAGCCUAUUAAGAGCAUUAUUUCAAUAGAAGCCUACAAAUGUUCGGCAAAAUCCUUAGUAGAAUAUAGUCUUACUGUUAAUUUAUUUUUGGUAUGUGCUAUUGUGUGUACUGACUGAAUUAUGUUAAUACUGAAGAAAUCUUAAUUCCAAAUGUUUCCCUUGCAGGUUCUGAGGCUUUCCAACACACGUCUAGAGUUAUAGUGUAGACAGCAACUUUGAGGCCCGUUUUUAGCCUUUAUUUGCUUACAUUUUGGAACAUAAAAGUUUGCCAAAUUGGCAACAGUUCACUUUUGCUUUGCACUAUUGGAUGUAAUGACAACUAUCACUGUAUUACUGUUACAAAAGAAUUUGUUAAAACCUGAUUAUUUUCAAGGAAGUUCUGCGGUGCUCCAACCUCUGCUUUAUCUAAUUUAUGAGAAAAGGUCUCCUAAUUAUGAGGCGGUAAGUCAUAUUACAAGAAUACAUACAGAAUUUUAUUUCCCUUUGGGAAAUGCAAUGUGCUUCCGUAGCAUCAUCCAACCUAUAUUUACAUAAACAAAAAUGUCGGGUAUCUAAUAUUAUGCACGGGUAAUACUCCAUCUAUGCAGGGUGUAGAGUUGCCUGCUCAGCUUUUUAAUGGUGCCAAUUCAGAGUGAAUAAAACUUAGCCUAAAGUCUAUAAAGAUUUCUAUUUUGUUCAGUAAGCUAUCAGGUUUUUAUACAGUUUGAGGAGACAUGAAAAACUGCCUCAUUUAUUAUUGAAAAUGUAAUUUAGUAUGAGCUAAGUGUAAAUCAGAAAUUUGGGU